UUGUCCUAAAGCUAGCGUGGCUCCACCGCUGCCGCACCACAGAAGAAGAAGUAGCACAGCCGCUGCAUUCCCGUAACGAUGGCGGCCGCCUUGAGAGGAAGCUUGGUAACAUUGGUCAAGGGCCUGAGCGGCCCCCGGUGGCAGCAGCUGGCCUCUCGACCACUGAGUGUGUCUACUGGUCUCUGUAGCCCAGAAGCCCCACCAGCCCGCGCUGAUGCUACCUUCAAGGUCACGAUGGUGCCUGGGGAUGGAGUCGGACCUGAGCUGAUGACUGCUGUCAAGGACGUGUUCAAGGCAGGAGAUGUCCCGGUAGAAUUUGAGGAGUUUCACCUGAGCGAGGUACAGAACAUGGCCAGUGAGGAGAAGCUGGAACAAGUGUUAACCUCUAUGAAGAACAACAAAGUGGCCAUGAAAGGAAAGAUUCACACACCCAUGGAGUUCAAAGGCGAGCUGGCCUCAUAUGAGAUGAGACUGAGGCGCAAACUGGACUUGUUUGCUAACGUGGUUCAUGUUAACAGCCUGCCGGGCUACAGCACUCGCCACAAUAACCUGGACCUGGUCAUCAUCCGCGAACAGACUGAGGGGGAGUACAGCUCCCUGGAGCACGAGAGUGUGACAGGUGUGAUCGAAUGUUUAAAGAUCAUCACCAGAGAGAAGUCACGGCGCAUCGCCAAGUUCGCCUUCGAUUAUGCCACCAAGAAGGGGAGAAACAAGGUCACCGCUGUUCACAAAGCAAACAUCAUGAAGUUAGCUGAUGGCCUGUUUCUGCAGAGCUGUGCGGAGAUAGCAGAGCUCUACCCCAAAAUCAAAUAUGAGAACAUAAUCAUUGAUAACUGUUGCAUGCAGCUGGUCCAGAACCCAUACCAGUUUGAUGUGCUGGUAAUGCCCAACCUGUAUGGUAACAUUAUCGACAACUUGGCAGCAGGGCUGGUUGGAGGCGCAGGAGUUGUUCCUGGGGAAAGCUACAGUGCAGAGUAUGCUGUGUUUGAGACUGGUGCACGCCACCCCUUUGCACAAGCUGUAGGAAGGAACAUCGCCAACCCCACAGCCAUGCUGCUCAGUGCUGCUAACAUGCUCAGGCACCUCAACCUGGAAUAUCACUCCCAAAUGGUGUCAGAUGCUGUCAAGAGGGUCAUCAAACAGGGCAAGGUACGGACACGAGACCUUGGCGGGUACUCUACCACUGGCGACUUUGUGCAUGCUGUUGUGGAAAACCUGCGUCACCGACCUGUUUACUAAGAUGUUUCAUCGCACUCCUCACUGACAUUUCUUUAAAAAAGGAUGUUGUUCUUAACAUGAACUGGACGCAUGUUAAGACUCACCUCCCCUCUCACUGCACCAUCCGUUGCAUCAUGAUGAUGAUUUAUACCAAUGGGGCUUUUAUAUAUUUCUAAAAAUGUGCAGCCUGUAAGGCUUGUUCUCAAGGAUUCAUAUUACACAUUUUUACAUCUUUCCUCAUAGCAACUGUCCAUCAGAGUAUCUCUUUCUAUUGUAUUUCAUUGUGCUUGUUGCUCAGUUGUCCAAGUGUUUCAGCCGUGUUGGCCAUACAGGCUACCUCUCUGCUAUCACACAUUGUUAGCAACUAGACUGCCCUUAUCAACAGUUUAUCAGCUACUCUGCUUUUGCCUCACACUUCACCACCACAUUGCUUCAAGUUCUUCUCAUUUUCUGAUAGCCUCAUAACUGAAUCAUCUAAAGGCUGUAACUGUACCUUAAUAUACAGUAUAACAUUGCUACAUCAUGACCCACCACAACAUUUCUGACCUACACAUCUCUUGAUGUUUUUAAAAA